GAUGCUCUAUUAAAAUAUGCCGCUUGCCACCAGAAAGGAAGAAAAAUCUCUGUAUUACUUCCGGGUUUCCAGCCAUGUGGUAAAACAGCUGUGAAUCAGGGUUUUGUUGACAGUGUUUUAAUUUUUCUUGGUUCUGCCUUUUGUAGAAGAAAACUGAGUAUGAGGAGAAGAGAGAAACAGCGGCAGGAAGCGGAGCGGAAGAAGAAGACUGUAAGUUGCAGUGAAGAGAAAGACUCUGAUGUGGAGAAGGUCUCUCUGUUUACCCAAAGAGGGGGGGAGGCAGAGGAGCUGCGUUUAAGCGGACACGAUGAAGAUCAAAACCAAUCAGGUGACGGGGCUGAGGAAGACUCUGGGGGCAGCGAAGAAGAAGAGGUAUCGGAGGGGGGGAGUAAUGAUGAUGAAGAUGAUGAUAAUGAAGAAGAAGAACUAGAAGAAGAAGAGGACGCUUAUGCAGAGGAAGAUGAUGAUGAUGAUGAUGAUGAUGAGGGAGAUGCUGAGGAAGAGGGGGAUGAUGGCACAGAGUUGCAGACAGAGGAACGCAUCAGGAAAGAACUGUCCAACAUGCCCUUUGAGGAUGUCAUUAAGCUGCAGCAACAAGUGGGAACUAAAGUGUUCAAUGAGGCCGCAUUCAACAACAAGAAAUGUCGACCUGUUAGCAGUAAGAAACGGCUGAACAAAAACAGACCAAUGGAAAUAUCAUCAAAGAUUCCACCGUCCUUCCUACGUCAGGUCGUCCCUGCCAAGAAAUCAACCAGGAGAGAUCCUCGAUUUGACAGCCUGUCAGGAGAAUACAAACCAGAGAUUUUUGAAAAGACUUACAAGUUUAUUAAUGACCUCAAACACAGAGAGAAAGAGGUCAUUAAGAAGCAGCUAAAGCAGACAAAGACUAACCGCAAGAAAAAGGAGAAGCUGGAGUUUCUGCUGAAGAGAUUGGACAACCAGGAGCGAGCAAGACUGAUCCAGGAGCAGCAGAGAGAGAGAGAGCUGCAGUUCAAGAAGCAGCAGCGAGAACGAGCCAGUCAGGGAGAACAGCCAUUUUUCCUCAAGAAAUCGGAAAAGAAGAAGCUGCAGUUGGCCGAAAAGUAUCAGGAACUGAAGAAGAGCGGCAAACUGGAGAACUUCCUUAGCAAGAAACGGAAGAGGAACGCAGGAAAAGACCGCAGGAAACUUCCGGGGAAACAGCUACACAACAAAAAGCCUUUUUCCUCCUGAGAAGUGUUGAAGAGCGAUGUGCUGAGAAAUGUUUGAUCAUCACAGCUGUAGACUCAUUUCAGUGUUCUGAUGCUGUGGGCUCCCCAGAUCAGGUGAACUUGUUCUGUAAAAGCUCUUUUUUGUAAUCAAAGAUGAUGGGAUUCAUGAAUAUGUUCAUAAAAAUACUAAAAGUGUGUUUGAAUAUAGUGUCAGAUGUACAAAUGCUUUUUUUACAUGUAAAAAUAAUAAAGGUUUUCCUCAAUACUUUAAAUUCUCCACUCACCCUCCUGCUUAUUCAAGUAUCUUAUUUAUCCCAAAGGGAGAGUAAAUUAUGUCCAAUCCACAACAGUCCUCGUGGAUGGCAAGGCGGCGGCAGGGACUGACUGAAGACUGCUGUUUUAUGACAGUUUCAUGGCUGUUGUGAUGUGCCAGCUGUUCGGAAGUUGAUUUAUGCAAUAAAACCAGAGACAAAAGUAGCCAUAGGCAUAUUUUCAUUUAGAAAUCAGUAACUAGCUUGCUACCAAUAUAUCUAAAUACCUAUAUUACAUAAUUAGAGCAACUACAACCUCCUCUCACAUAUUUUUAUUACAUUUAACCUUACUUCAGUGUGACACAAACUUCUAUCAUAUGAGCAGAAGCCAUAGUAGCACUAGACAAGAAAGCAUCGCUGAGUCAGUUUUAAUAUUUUACUGCUGUCCUCUUAUUUUUAUUGUAUUUACUGCAUUAACUGAACUGACGUGUCCGUUUUAAGAGGCUGCAUUUGAAAAUGAGGCAUCGCAAAGAUAUUUACCCAAAUAAUCAAAAGUGGAAUUACAAAAUAUUCAUUUUUUCAGGCAGUCAUAUUUAAUUUAGUGUUUUUAUGAAGAUUUGCCAACUGUUAAUUUUUUUCUGUUCUCUAGCAAUGUUGGUAAUUUUUUUACCCAACUUUUUGAUGCUGGAUACUUUAGGCCAACUUUGAGAACUGAUUUUUUCUUUUACAUGUUUCGCUAUAGUCCACACACUCUAUUCUUGAAAUGCGACUAAAACUGAAUAUUCACCAUCAAGGGCUUUUUGGGAUUACUUUGCUUUCAUCUGUUGUCUUAAAAGUUAGUUGGUCUAUAGAGGAUCAGAACCAAAACAGAUGGGAGUCGGGUUUUCAGAUUGCAACUUUAAAUUAAAUGUGAGAUUAAUGCAACUUCAAAGAAAUACAUGUGGUGUAAAGGGAAAGGCAUAAAAUUGUUUGGUUACAGAUUUGAAAUGAAAGUAUAAUUGGAUUGAAUUGUAAUAAACUGAUUCAAAAUGAGUUGGUGAACGGGUGAAAUGAUCCGGCUAUGAAAUUUGUUAUUUCCAUUGUUAUGUUUGUUUAUAGAUGUACAUGUUGUUUUGAUUGUAGGUCUCAGGAAAACAAGUAUGGUGCAAAAUAAAACAUUAAAGCAAGUGAUUAAAACAUAAAAAACUUUCCAAGUAUAUUUUUACUAGAAAUGUACAUAACAGAUGAGUCGCUCACUUUCACUCCAGUUGACGAACUCAAAAAAAUUAAAUCAAUAAAAUUUUUACAAACACAAA